AUGAACAAUGAACAAAGACAGCGACUUCGCCGAAUGCAAGUUGAUUUUGUGAAAAAUCUUCAUGAUGUUGAAGAUAUUGUGGAUUAUUUACUAUCACUGGAAGUUCUCUCACGGACACAAUCUGAACAAAUUUUAUUAUCCGGUCCUACGAUUCCCGAUAAAGUUCGCUCUCUCUUAAAUACCCUCGUUAGGUGCGGUCCCAAUGCCUAUGAUGCUUUUAUUGAUGCACUAGUGAAAACAAGCCAAAGUUUCCUUGUGGAUAAAAUGAAGGGUCUUGUUGUUGAUUCAUCCUCCUUUAAUACUUAUUCUUCAUCCAGCCAUAUGCGCAACCCACAGCAAAAGCCGAUAGAGUCUGCAGCUAACCAAUAUCUUACUGCCUAUCCUGUCAAUUCAACUCCUCGUGGUUAUAUUCUUUUAGUGAAUAUCGCGAAUUUUGAACCGGGGUGUGGUCUUAGUAACCGUCUUGGUUCCUCUGAAGAUGUUGCAGAUUUGAAAUCCAUGUUAACCGAUCUAGGAUAUUCUGUCCAGGUUUUACUUAAUUUAAGUUUUAUGGAGUUGGAAGCUGCUCUAAGUUCUUUCGUAAAGAACCCGGUUCACUAUUCUGUUGAUGCUGGAGGUCUAAUUGUCAUGUCUCAUGGAGUUCAGGAUUAUAUCUACACGUCGGAUGGGAAACUGUUCAGUAUAAACGACAUUCUUGAAGCAUUUACGAAUAAGUCUUUCCCUGCUAUGGCAGGCAAACCCAAACUUAUCCUCUUCCAAGCCUGUAGAGGGGACGAAAAGGAUCGGGGAUAUUUAUUUGAACCCGAUACUGCGGCCUUGAAUAAUCAGUCUUCACAUCUUGAGAAUGUAGAUAGUACACUAGUGGUCAAUAAAACCAACUGGAAAUGUCUUCCUUCAAUGAGCGACUAUAUUAUCGCAUACUCGACUCUUCCUGGUUUUGUAUCAUGGAGAUCUGAAACGAAGGGUAGUUGGUUCAUCCAGAUUCUUGUGGAAGUAUUUCGAAAGUUCGCUUCUUCUCUUCAUGUCCUUGAUCUCCUGACUGAAGUUAAUCGACGUCUGGUUGAGGAGUCUCAAGAUAGGGAGUUCAAGCAAAUUACUCAACAACAGCAUACUCUUACUCGGCCAUUUUAUUUAUCAACUGCAAAUCUUAAACUUUGA